AUGGAGUUUUAGAGUAGUGCCCCCCCUCCCAUGGACGAAGCAGUACGGUUUGGCAGGGGACGAAGCCUCCCUCAGAGGCACAGGGGUUGUUAGCAGUAAGUAUUUGACCUCAGAAUCAAAGAUGAUAACUUCUCUUCUAUGAACAUGCAAACACUAUCUGGAAUUACUGAUGUGAACUGAAUUAAACCUGAACUGAAAGCAAGUCAGGUAGCUGUCGCAGCUAGAGUUCAUUGCAAAUCCUUCUUUCUCCUUCAGGCCUAGUGGCAAGAGGUCACGGUAUACUGAAAGGCACUCGAUCAAGAGAAAUUUGGAGAAGCUGGAAACCGUCAAGCUAUUGAGGCCACAAAGGGGGCAGAAAAGAUAGAGGAAAGAAAGUUUAUCAGAGUUUCUUCCUAAACCUCUUUGAAAUAACAGCAUAUUUUAAUCAGAAACUUUUGUCUCCAAACUCUUCUGAAUCCACUCUUCUUUCCCAGUCUGCUCCAUCUGCUGCCACCAAAGUGAUCUUUUAAAGCCCCUGGGCCACAGGCCACGAUGGAUGUGCACCUCGAUACUCCUGAGGGUCAGGAGAGCGCAAGCAACAGUGGCAAGGGAAGCAGCGGCACAGGAAACCAGCAAGAUGUUGCUAUGAGGACAGAUAGAUCCGAGAUGACUGAUGUGGAGUCUGUGGUCAACAAUUUUGCGUCCUCAGCCAGGACGGGCCGCCGGAACGCCGUGCCAGACAUCCAGGGCUCGGCUGGGACAGGCGGAUCCUCAGAGUUGCCCCUCAGCCUGGAGGCCCUCUCCGUGAAGGAAGAUGUAAAAAAGAAAAAUGAAGAAACAGCACAAAGUUGCUUGGAAAAGCCAAAGAAAGAAGAAAAAUGAAGGCUUGGAAACUAUCAAAAGUACUGAAUUUCUGUACAUUGAAAGACUUAGUGGCUCUGCUUCCCUGAGAUGUUUGAUCUGGUGGUAACUAUGGUAACAUUGCAAUUCUAAGCAACAUGUGUAUAUUAGAUAAUUUUGUUGUGAAGCUACUCACUUGGAAUGCAUCCAUGAUGUACAAUGUAGGUUAUUAAAAGGCAUAUUAUUUCCAGAUUGCACCCAAAAAAAGGUUAAGAAUGUAUGUCACUUAAAUACAUAUCAUUAUCUAUAAACCCAACAAAAUCCACUGCUCUCUCUUUUGAAUUUACUUAGCCAGAUGUAUUUUUAAUUCCAUUUUUAUGGUAAUGGGUAAAUUAUUACUUGGUAAAUAUAAAACAAACACCAUUCAUUUAAAACUUUAUGGAAUUUAUAGGACAUAGUGUUUUUUUGAUGAGAAGGAAUAAUAGUCCGAAAGACAUAGAGAAUAUUUGUUUUUAACCAAAAACGCACCAUUUUCCCACCACCCUAAAGUGAUUUGGAAAAAUUGCAAAAGUUUGACAACCUAAAUAUCUCUAGUAUGUUUCUGCUUGAUGCGUUUUGCUUCUAGUCUAUGCAUACUGUGAUUUUUUUCAUGUGGACUCUUAGAACACAAAAUUUGUGACAAAUUGUUUAUAUGGAACAUGCCUAUUAAAUGAAUUCAGCUGUCUUCCUUAACUUUGGUGUAUGUGUGUGCAUAUGUUUUUCUUUAAUAUGAAUUACACAAAACACUUUACCGGUUCUUUUAUACUGUCUUUUCUUAUUCUUAGGGCUUUUUGUGUAUUGUGAUUUGUUUCUAAAACUAUUUCCUCAGGAAUGCAGACCUUAAUUUUUAUAUAUUUCCUAAAGUAGUUAACAUAACACAUAAAUAUUUAGUGAAAGUUAUAGAUAGAAAUAGCAAAAUACUUGCCUUUAAUAUAUAUUUAAGUAUAUAUUUUAAAAGGAACAAAAACAAAACCAAAGUUUUAGUAAAUUUUGAUUUAUUAGACAUCUAGAAAAAUAAUAAAAUUCUGAAUUUCUAAAAAAUGGACAAAUGAAUUUAUUUUCAUUUUCAGAUAUAUACGCAUGCAGUUAUAUUUUAUUUGAUUGUUGACUUAGGCCAUGUCUGUAUACGGUAAUCAAAUAAACUCUUCACUGUUCAA